AUGACUAUGUUACGAGCUACUUUGAGGCUGCUACGACUACCACGAGUAAGACCUUACAGCGUUCAUACACAUCCAUCACCAUACUAUCCCAAAUUUAACACACAUGCUUUACCAUAUGACCCACAAGAGCCAAGAAACCUUCUCCAACCAGAGCAAAAUUACAUCCAACCACAACCACAACUCAACGACACCAUAAUAGUGGCGAUGUCAUCCGGAGUUGACUCUUCAGUAUGUGCCGCAUUAUACGCCAAGUACCCCAACGUGCGAGGGAUAUACAUGUCAAACUGGUCCCAAACAGGCACUUGUACCGAACGGGAUUGGAAAGAUGUGAAGCAGGUUUGUCAAAAAUUAGGCAUCCCUUGUGAGCGAGUCAAUUUUGAAUCUGAUUAUUGGAAUAAUGUAUUCACUCCCAUGAUUGAUAAAUAUCGUGCUGGAUUAACUCCUAAUCCUGAUGUCGGAUGUAAUAAACAUGUCAAGUUUGGUAAAUUGGCUCAAUAUUUGAAUGAUAAAUACGGUGAGAAAUGGUGGUUGGUGACGGGCCAUUAUGCGCGAGUGAUGCAAAACGGCACUGGGGAAUACCAUUUACUUCGUGGAUUGAGUACCCGUAAAGAUCAAUCGUACUAUCUUUCAUCAAUUCCAUCUGGUAUUCUCAACAAGGUGAUUUUCCCAUUAGGUCAUUAUCUAAAAUCAGAAACAAGAGACAUGGCUUACCAAUUUGACCUUCAUGUGAAAAACAAACCCGAUUCUCAAGGUCUAUGUUUCGUUAACCCAAAUCAAUCGAAUUUCCGUGAUUUCCUCAAUGAAUAUAUCGAACCCAACCCCGGUGAUAUUGUAACUGAAGAUGGUAAAAUCUGGGGUCAGCAUCAAGGGUUAUGGCAUGCUACAAUUGGACAAAAAUCAAGUGUUUCAAUGCCUCAAGGUGAUCCAAAUUACAAAGGUGUUUGGUUUGUUGCUGAGAAGAAUGUGACAAAAAAUCAAUUGGUUAUAGUUAGAGGUCAUGAUAAUCCAAAGCUUUACAAAUCAAAAGUUACGGUUACUGAUGUUGAUUGGGUUUACGAUGAGAAGAAAGUUGGUGCUCUUGAUCCUAUUGAAGUUGAGUUUCAACAUCAUUCAUUAUCGAGACCUACAAAAAUUAAAUUGUGGUGCUUGAAAAGUGAUGGUGUUGUUGAAUUGGAGUUGGUUGAUAGUGUCAGGGCAUUGGCCCCGGGUCAAGCAGGAGUGUUUUAUCUUGGUAAUCAGGUUUUGGGUGGUGGUGUGAUAUCAAAAACUGAAUCAUAG